CCCCGCCCGGCCUCCCCCGCCUUCCCCCGCGGGCCCCCUCCGCGCAGGGAUACUAUGGUCUCCGGCGAUGGACGCCCCAGGUGCAGGAUACGCCUUUGAGUACCUUAUUGAAACAUUGAAUGACAGUUCGCAUAAGAAGUUCUUCAAUGUACCUAGACUUGGAGGCACCAAGUAUGAUGUGCUGCCUUACUCAAUACGGGUCCUGUUGGAAGCUGCUGUGCGGAACUGUGAUGGCUUUUUAAUGAAAAAGGAAGAUGUCAUGAACAUUUUAGACUGGAAAACCAAACAAAGCAAUGUCGAAGUGCCCUUUUUCCCUGCCCGUGUUCUUCUUCAAGAUUUUACUGGAAUACCAGCAAUGGUGGAUUUUGCUGCUAUGAGGGAGGCAGUGAAAAUUCUUGGAGGUGACCCGAAGAAGGUCCACCCUGCCUGCCCGACAGAUCUCACAGUUGACCAUUCUUUACAGAUCGACUUCAGUAAAUGUGCAAUACAGAAUGCUCCAAAUCCUGGAGGUGGCGACCUGCAGAAAGCAGGAAAGCUCUCUCCACUCCGAGCACAGCCCAAGAAGCUCCCCUGCAGGAGCCAGACCACCUGCCGAGGAUCGUGCGAUUCUGGAGAGCUGGGCCGAAACUCAGGAAAAUUGUCUUCGCAGAUUGAGAACACACCCAUUCUCUGUCCUUUUCAUUUGCAACCAGUGCCUGAACCUGAAACAGUGUUAAAAAACCAAGAAGUAGAAUUUGGCAGAAAUCGAGAGAGGCUUCAAUUUUUUAAGUGGAGUUCAAGAGUUUUUAAGAACGUGGCUGUAAUCCCUCCUGGAACUGGAAUGGCUCAUCAAGUAAACUUAGAGUAUUUGUCGAGAGUGGUUUUUGAAGAAGACGACUUCCUCUUCCCAGACAGUGUGGUUGGCACCGAUUCUCACAUAACCAUGGUGAAUGGCUUGGGCAUUCUGGGGUGGGGGGUUGGAGGCAUUGAAACCGAAGCAGUCAUGCUGGGCCUGCCGGUCUCUCUUACUCUGCCGGAGGUGGUUGGGUGUGAGUUGACCGGCUCAUCCAACCCUUUUGUCACAUCCAUAGAUGUCGUGCUUGGCAUUACAAAGCACCUCCGGCAAGUAGGAGUGGUUGGAAAGUUUGUUGAGUUUUUUGGAAGUGGAGUUUCACAGUUAUCUAUAGUGGAUCGGACCACAAUAGCAAACAUGUGUCCAGAAUAUGGUGCUAUCCUCAGCUUUUUCCCUGUUGACAAUGUGACAUUAAAACAUUUAGAACAUACAGGUUUUGACAAAGCCAAACUCGAGUCAAUGGAAACAUACCUGAAAGCUGUGAAAUUGUUUCGACAUGACCAGGAUAAUUCAGGAGAACCCAUGUACUCCCAGGUGAUUCGGAUUCAUCUGAAUUCAAUAGUUGCAUCUGUCAGCGGUCCAAAGAGACCUCAGGAUAGAGUUGCUGUGACGGACAUGAAACGUGAUUUCCAAGCUUGCUUGAAUGAAAAGGUGGGAUUUAAAGGCUUCCAGAUUGCGGCCGAGAAGCAGAAGGAGAACGUCUCUAUUCGUUACGAAGGAAGUGAGUACCAGCUGUCUCACGGGUCUGUGGUCAUGGCUGCGGUCACCAGCUGCACCAACAACUGUAAUCCGUCCGUCAUGCUCGCCGCAGGUCUUCUGGCUAAGAAGGCCGUGGACGCCGGUCUGCAGGUUAAGCCAUACAUAAGAACAAGUUUAUCUCCAGGCAGUGGGAUGGUGACCCAUUAUCUCAGUUCCAGUGGCGUGUUACCGUAUCUCAGUCAGCUCGGAUUCGAAAUAGUUGGCUAUGGCUGUUCAACCUGCGUGGGAAAUACAGCACCCGUAUCAGAAGCAGUUUUAAAUGCAGUCAAACAGGGUGAUUUGGUUACUUGUGGAGUUUUAUCUGGAAACAAAAAUUUUGAAGGUCGUCUUUGUGACUGUGUUCGUGCCAAUUACCUUGCCUCCCCACCAUUGGUGGUAGCCUACGCCAUAGCAGGCACAGUGAAUAUAGACUUCCAGACGGAGCCGUUAGGCACCGACGCUACUGGCAAGAGCAUUUACCUGCAGGACAUCUGGCCCAGCCGAGAGGAGGUCCACCAGAUGGAGGAAGAGCGUGUCGUACUGUCCAUGUUUAAAGCACUGAAAGAGAAAAUGGAGAUGGGAAAUAAGCGUUGGAAUUCCCUAGAAGCACCGGAUUCUGUGUUGUUUCCAUGGGACUUAAAGUCCACGUACAUCAGAUGUCCUUCAUUUUUUGAUAAGCUUACCAAAGAGCCAGUUGCCCUGCAGCCCAUUGAAAAUGCACAUGUCCUCCUGUAUCUGGGGGACUCGGUCACCACAGACCACAUAUCGCCCGCGGGGAGCAUCGCCAGGAGCAGCGCCGCUGCCAAGUACUUGACAAACAGAGGCCUUACUCCUCGUGAGUUCAACUCCUACGGGGCCCGCAGAGGCAACGACGCUGUGAUGACAAGAGGCACGUUCGCGAAUAUCAAACUGUUUAAUAAGUUCCUUGGAAAACCAGCUCCCAAAACAAUCCAUUUCCCGUCAGGACAGACGCUGGAUGUGUUUGAGGCUGCAGAGCUGUACCAGAAGGAAGGGGUCCCGCUGAUCAUUUUAGCAGGGAAAAAAUAUGGUUCUGGAAAUUCCAGAGACUGGGCUGCCAAAGGACCAUAUCUGCUGGGUGUGAAAGCUGUUUUGGCUGAAAGUUACGAAAAAAUUCACAAAGAUCACUUGAUUGGAAUUGGCAUAGCUCCACUUCAGUUCCUUCCGGGAGAAAAUGCAGAUUCCCUGGGCCUCUCCGGCAGAGAAACGUUUUCUUUAGCGUUUCCUGAAGAACUGUCUCCUGGAGUUACGUUAACUAUAAAGACAAACACUGGGAAAGUAUUCAGCGUGAUUGCUUCGUUUGAAAAUGACGUGGAAGUAACGUUGUACAAACAUGGAGGAUUAUUAAACUUUGUGGCACGAAAAUUCUCAUAGUAUCUACUCCACACGGAUACCUUUUGAGAACUGGUAACUGCGAGUAACGCCUUUUAUGCUGGAUCCAGGGAGCCUCGCCCUGGAGCUGCAGACGGUCCUGUGCACUCACCGAUCUCACCAUGGGUGUAAAUGAUUAUGAAUCAACAUAGUGACUGAAAUGAAAUCUUUCUGAUUUUAAAUAAUCUACGAAUGGUGCUAUUAACAUUGCUCAAAUCAACGUGUGAGGUGUGCUGUGGGAGAGGCCUGUAAGUACCGGGUAUUUUAACGGACCAUUUUGUAAAUAAAGGCAGAAUUUGAACUUGUGUUGAAGAUUCUUACAUGAAUAAUCUUCUUGAAGUUUGUUUGGUUUGGCACCCAUAAAACUGUAUACCACUGUUUGUUGGUUUAAGACUAGCAGGUUGGAAUGUAAGAAGCCAGGUUAGACUCUAAAAUUGUGGAAGUUGGAAUCUGAUUUACAAAUGGACUUUCAGACCUGAGCUGGACUUGGUUGGCGUUCACAGCUUGUAGUGUAAGCCGGGGUCGUCCUAGUGCCCUGUCUGGCCCAGGCCCUUCACACGCGGCAGGGGGCUUGGGUCACAUGAUGUCUGAACAGUGAACACACACAGCCCACCGCGCUCACUCAUUUGCUCCUGUGCCCACUGGCCGGCCUCACCUGGUAUUCUAGCAAUUGGAUUCAAGCAUUGUGCUCACUUGAUGUGAUACCGUUACUUCCUGUAACCUAUUAUUUUAGGGAUUGUUAACCAAAAUUCCACACUUUCAUAGUUGCUAAAGAGAACUUAAUCUUAAAUGCUAAAAUGAUUUCCGCUAGACUUUUAAAUUAUGCACCCUAGAUUAUAUGGUUGCUGCUCAACUCUAAGCAUUUUUUUUAAAUGUUAGUUAUUUCUUCAUUAUUUAAAAAUUGGUUUUCCGUCAUUUUGAGUCCUUAUUUUACCUGGGAUGCAUGAUUCUCUUAAUUAUGUUUCUGUUUUAACCAAAGCUAUCAGGAUAAAACACUUAAAUUGUUGCUGUCUGGAUAUCCUACUUUCUCCACACACGUCUGUUCUGUCAACAAGAUGUUUGACGACUUUUAAGAAAAAGGUUGGAUAAUUAAUUCCAGAAAGUUCUAUGCCUUUUUUUAAUUUAAGAAAUUAAACAUAGCUUAGCAAAAGGUUAAUCGUAGAGAUUUUCUUUCAUGUGGAGGUCUUCCUCUGACCCAGUUGGUUUGCUGCGGCUUGGUCAUCCCACGUCCUGCACAGAAGGAAGGACUGUGUUCUGCAGAAUUUUAGCCGAAACUACCAGAGCAGGAGGUGCAGACCGCUGAGAACUUGGCACAGAAGCACUCACACAAUCUCAGUCUUCUGAAAAUAGUCUGCAAAUCUGUGUUCAGACAAUCACGUGGACUGGAGUCUGAGAAAAUGAUUUCCCUUUUUUAUUUAAAUUUUUCAUAACUCUUUUCUGUGGUACUUUCACACUGUGUUCUUGAUACGUUGUUUCGCCCGUGUAUCUGUCCGUGCAUGUGUUUAAUUUACAUGAAAACAUGAAUUAGGGGGAGUGACGAGUCGAAUGUUAAUGUUGCUGUCGCAUGCUUGGAGGAGGCGGUGGCUUCAGACCAUCUGCGUGGGGACACGUCUGUGUCAUCUGUGGCCAUGGGCGGAGGCGUGGCCAUGGGCAGGGGCUCCAGCGGCCGGGCCAGGAGGCCGGGCUGGUGCCGGUUGGUGCUCUGAGCAGAGCCAGUGUGUUUCCCUCUGCCUAGUCCAGCACCAGGACAGGCAGACCUCAGACCGGAAAACGGAGCAGGGAGCGUGGCCAGCGUCGGAGAGGAGAGUCUGGGUGUGUGCCCCAGUGUGCGCCGUAUGCUCCUGCCCCUGGCCAAGUGCUCUGUGUGCAGAGAGGUGACAUCUCGUGCUUUCACUGGUUUACCGCCUUUGUUGACUGUGCCUGGGUCAUUUGGUGUUUGGAAAGAUGCACGAUAUUGUGGAAGGAAGUACAGUAGGCACGUGAGAGCAGUUAACGAGUGCUGUGAUUUGGAGUACGGCUCCAGAAGUAUUCGCAAGAGCAGCAUUUUUUUCAUCUUGGAAAACGAUGCCGCCUGCCGUCGCCACGUUUCCUGCCUUCUGGUGUUGCUGCUCCUGGACAACCAGACUAGAGGGGCUUCUGUCCAGGCGCCGCGCUGCGUUACCACAGCUGAACGUGUCCGAGGCGACGGUGGUCGUCGGUUUCUGAACGAGAGGGCAUCACGGUCGCCGUGGCCGGACUGCUGAGCGCGUGGCGGGGCGUCGGCCGUACCGGCUCUGUGGGAAGAGUGUGUCCAGCGCCGGCGUGGUUGGCAUACGGGGACCGUGGCGAGCAUGUGCGCCUUCUCAAAGGUGGGUGACAGGAGGAGGAGACACAAUUGCACUGACGUUUUUCUGUGAUUGUUAGAAGACACCUGUCUUUGCCUUUAGGUUUAGGAGAAGGUGCUCAGAUACUGGAUGUGGACUUGGAGGAAUGAAACGGGGAGCAGACGGACUUAGGCUUUUUCCCCUGAAGUGUGAUAGUGCCGAUGUUUCUAUCGAUUUUACAUAUAAUAUAUGACUAUGAACCCAUGUAUCUCAAGUAACUAGAAAUCAUUGUCCAUUAUUUAAAGCCAACAAAACAGUGUAACAGUUUUAAGUUCAAUAAUGUUAAGUAUUGUAUAAAAAUAUAUUGGAGGCAAAGUUCAGUUGAUGACAAUUGUGUAUAUGUUAUUGAUGCUGUAAAUUAUUUUUAAUAAAGAAAAUUGUAUUAUCA